AUGUCUGAGCUACAAUAUUUCUUGAAGGAAGAUGUUGAAAAUUUUUUCAGCGCGGAAUUGUCGAUUCCAGAGGUGGAUUUCUCGAUUCCAAAGCUGGAUUUCUUCCCUGCCUCUGUCCGGGAAGAUGUUGAAAAAAUUUCCAUCGAGGAUUUCUCGAUUCCAGAGCUGGAUUUGUACGCUGCCUCUCUCUUGAAUUAUCAUCCUCUUGUAAUGAUUAGUAGCAAGUUCACUGGUUGUAAUGAAAACAAGCAUGAAGAAGUGGAUAAUCUCUUCCAUACACUCAAUGAUUUAGUUAUAUCGAACCUGAAAGAAUCGUCUGAGAAAUGUAGGACCGAAAUGUCAACAGAAUUAGUGCAUUUCAUCAGGAAAACUCGGUCCAUGAAUUUGCUGGAUGAAAGUAUGAAGGAAACUGGAAAGAAAUUUGGGCUUAGUUGGCAAGAUAGGGUGAAGUUGGCACUCUCCAAAGAUGCUUGUGAUUAUGAUAAAUACAAGAAAUAUGGAGAUGUAGCACCUUAUGGAAAGGAAAAUUUGUUCGAAUCAUUCUCUGCUGCUUACAGGUCAGUUCCAUGUGCUUACAUCUGCAAGAGAAGACCAUUCAUAACAGGUAUGUGGAACCUUUCAGUAGAAGAGGUAUCACUUAACGUAGACUGGGAUGGAAAAACGGCUUCAAAACUGCAAGACAUGUUCAAUGGUUGUAAUCUAAACAAGUAUGAGAAAUUAUACGAACCCUUCAGUCCUGACAAAGCACUCAAGAAAACCGUGCAACAUGUUUUAUCUUUUGUGAUAGCGACCACUGUAUUUCUUUGGAUUAUCAUGAACACAUGCAGCAAGUUAUCAAUUCUCCAACCAAAACAUGGCCCCCUUUUCAUUUGGUCCUCUUUGGUCGAGCCCUUCUGUUUUAUGGUGUUUGUUUGGGUAAUUGCUGCAACGAUUGUAGUUGGUGCACAAUUCUCUCACAUGCAGAGUGCCAUGCUUAUGUUUUGGGCCAUUUUGAUGGUGCUGAAAUCUGCUAAAUCAAUCACUGAAGUGUGCCUUCCGAUAUUUGGAAUCCUUUUGACGGGAUUGUAUGUGCUAAUGGAAAAGCAGCCACCCCACGAAGGUUGA